UUCCUACCGGUGAUCGUGUGCGCGUCUUCUUCUCUUGUGUGAGAGAGUGACGGAUUGAGUGGAUCUCGUCUUGCCAGAAGAGGGCAUUCCGUCUCUUUGUGGAGGAAGAGAGAAGAGUCAGUGGCGCUUCAAUUGUACAGCCAUCCAGUUCAGAGAGAAACGACGGGAAAGCGCGGACGGAAGAGAGAGAGAGAGAAAGAGAGACACGCAGAGCAGACCCAAGGGCCCACUAAUUCAGUACUCUUCAAGCUGUAAGGCUGCGACUUGAGCUGUCUCUUGUACUGGAAUGAAGAGGGAGGUGACAUCACAUCGCGUUUUCAUGGUGCUGAUUAAUUUCAGUAUUUUUGGACUUGGACUAUUCUUGCAACUUCAUUCUGCCAGGAAGCUUCUUAAAUACAAGUUAGCGGCACUGUGGAUGUAUGAUAAAGAAUGAGGUUAAAAAAUAAGUAGAGCUGCGCUCAAGUAAACUUCAUCCCCUUUGGAUUUUGCAUCUCUCCGGGGGAAUCCAGCUUGACAGUUGUUUCGGCUUUUAUUAUCCUUUCAAUUCAUAUUUUACAUUUUUUCUGGUGCUUUUUACUUUGCAAUCCUCAGCCGCGAAUCGUGGGAAACAACGGAGUCUCGUCUUUGUGGGCUGAGAGAUGCUGCAUGGCUGGAAGGGGCUUGCGGGUUUAAGGUAUAGAUACGAUCCUUUGUUUUACUACCCCAUUUCGGGGAGAAGACGGAGGACAAGAGUCUCCGAGUGGCUUAAGCGUGUAGGUGCGGGACCCACACGGCAACGGGUGGGCAGGUGCACCUUGUUUUCACGCCACCAAGUGGCUCAGACCGGUUGGUGCGGGACCCACGCAGUAGCUCUGGUCAUGUGGGCACAGGACGUGGGCGCAGUAAGAAGGGCUUAGACGCGGACAACAGACCACCAGUAAUGGGGUUUCUGGCUGGAGACAGGUGGCUGCUUCUCCUGAUAUUUCAGAUAUGGCUUCUGCUAUCAUUUUGCGAAGCUGAGCGGCCUUGCCCAAGAAGUUGCCGCUGUGAUGGAAAGAUUGUCUAUUGUGAAUCCAAUGCUUUUCGUGACAUACCACAGAAUGUGUCCAUGGGCUGCCAGGGACUGUCCUUACGGUACAACAGCCUACAGAAGCUAAGGGCUUACCAGUUUUCUGGGUUAAGCCAGCUCAUUUGGCUCUACUUGGACCAUAAUUAUAUCACCGUGGUGGAUGGAGAUGCCUUUCAAGGCAUUAGAAGACUGAAAGAAUUGAUUCUCAGCUCCAACAAGAUCUUGCAACUUAAUAACCGUACCUUCCAUUCUAUUCCCAACCUGCGCAAUUUGGAUCUUUCCUACAAUAAACUGCAGGCUCUUCAACCAGAGCAAUUUCGUGGGCUGCGCAAACUGCUAAGCCUGCAUCUGAGGUCCAAUUCUCUCAAGAAUGUACCACUUCGGGUUUUUCAGGAGUGUCGAAACCUGGAAUUCCUAGACCUUGGCUACAACCGGCUACGUAGUUUAACCCGUAAUGCAUUUGCAGGUCUUUUGAAGCUAACUGAGCUGCAUUUGGAGCACAAUCAGUUCUCCAAGAUUAACUUUGCUCAUUUCCCACGUCUGUUUAAUUUGCGGGCCCUCUACCUCCAGUGGAACCGAAUACGUUCCAUAAGCCAAGGCAUCUCUUGGACUUGGAGUUCUCUGCAGAAGCUUGAUCUGUCAGGAAAUGAUAUUCAAGCAAUCGAGGCCAACAUUUUUCAGUGUUUACCCAACCUACAGACACUUAACUUGGACUCUAACAAGCUUAGUAAUAUCUCGCAGGAAUCAGUUAAUGCCUGGAUAUCCUUGACCACCAUUAGUCUCUCUGGCAACGUUUGGGACUGUAGCCAUAGCAUUUGCCCUCUUGUAGCUUGGCUAAGGAACUUUAAGGGCAAUAAAGAGUCUGCUAUGAUUUGUGCUGGGCCCAAACAGGUUCAAGGGGAAAAACUUAUGGAAGCAGUUGAUAAUUACAGCAUCUGUAAAGAGACUCCUCCCCCGGCAACUGAAAGACAGACCCCUCCCACUCAAUAUCCACCUAGACCAAGGCUUUUCCCCCACCCAACAAUGCCUAAACUUGGAAAUGAUGAGUCUUCAGGAAUUCUUCCAAGCCCUUCACCAUCUGCUACCCUCACUUCUGCCCCAGAACCAGACUUUGAACACGUGUCUUUCCACAAGAUUAUUGCUGGGAGUGUGGCGCUCUUUCUGUCAGUGGCUAUGAUCUUGCUUGUGAUUUAUGUGUCAUGGAAACGUUACCCAAGCAGUAUGAAGCAGUUGCAACAGCAUUCACUGGUCCGUAAACGCAGAAAAAAAGCACGACAGACAGAACGCACCCUCAACUCCCCAUUGCAGGAGUAUUAUGUGGACUACAAACCCACAAACUCUGAGACUAUGGAUGUAUUGGUCAAUGGGACAGGACCCUGCACCUACACCAUCUCAGGCUCCAGGGAAUGUGAGAUUCCUCAUCAGGUCAGCUCACUGACAUUUUACAACUAUGAACAGCCCAUUGUGGACUACUGCCAGGCUCAUCAACCUCUACAUCUGAACAUGAGCUAUGAGAGUGGACCUCACAGACUGGAGACCCCCAGAAGACGUGAACGAGGGGUUGUGCAGAUCAUGACCCAUCCGAUGUCUCUCUCUGACACACGGUCUUGCCUGUAGUGAGAUAUGGAAACAACUAAAUAUCUUUCUUUGGGAAACUUGGCAUAGCCUAUCAGUGGAGUGCUGGUCAUAUGAAAUGAAAUAUUACAACUUCUUUUAAGGUGUUAUAGGGUGGCUUUAACCUGAGACAAGUGCUGCCGGAAGACUUGCAAAGUUAAGAUAUGUGUAAAAGCCAUUUUACUUUAUGAGCACGUUGUUGGAAUUAAACUGAUUUUCUCCUUACAACAUUAAGACUGUAAUGGCAAGCUGAUUAGAUUUCAUUUGUAUUCUGUAAUUGCCUCUCUUUACAUUUUUGCCAGUAUUAACAAAUGAAUACAGAUACUGAUCAUAGUCUGAUCUCAAGAGUGCACGGAGUUGGAACCACAAUCUUUGUUUGACUUGGAUCAAGUUACCUAACCUGCCUGGGAUCCAAAUGUACAAACAUGUCAAACUGUAAGUGCAUUAAGGUUUUGUUCACCAGGAAAGGUUGUGCUGUACGAGAUAAAGAUUGAUCAAGUACAUUUAGCUUCAAAAGUUUUUUUGAAAGCCACACAUAAAACCUUAAACUUUAGAAGAAGUUGAACAGCAUCUACAUGUUUUUGCAGAGAGACUCUGCAAUUGGGUCUCAUUUCCUCCAGCUGCAGGAGCCUUGACAAAACUCUUUUCACAUAUGUGUCUAAUUCACAAAUGGAUUUUUUUUUUUUGUUUUUCUCUUGUAUAUAAAUGGAAAGAGACUCUUUUUGGGAAUUUAUCUUUUCUUUUUCUUUUUUUCUCUCCUUCAAGCAAGAUGAGAACCUUUGCUCAAAUCAGAGCUGCUCUGUUCUCAAACUGAAACAACUGUCUACUGAUGAAUUUGGUAAAACUUCAGUGGGAAUUUGAUUUCAUUAACAUGCAUGGAAAUGUGUACAAAAAUAAUAUGUUUACUUCAAUAAUGGUAAUAGUAGAAAUAAUAGCUAGGGACCCCCAAGAAAUUACUUUUAGGAAAUCACCUUUUAAGUUUAUUUAUUGAUCAUUUGUUUACCUCUAAAACCUCCUGUACUAGGCCAAGUCAGCCUGCUGGUCUUCUCAGAACCAAGUGAUUUAAAUCCCUUUUUCAAAAAGAAAUGCCUUUGAAGACAAAUUUCAGAUUUUUUCUGGUUCAAAUUCAAAUGCAUAAUAUAUGUUUUAAAACUAAACUAUAUUCACAGUGGCAACUGUUUAUAUUUAACAAUGGCUCGUUGGGUUCUUUUUUAUUUCAAAUAAAUCUGCUGCCUCAGUCUAAUUGCUGAUUAACCCAGUGGAGCUGUUGUACUCUGACUGGCUGUACUGGAUAUUCUGUGUUUUCCAUAAUGCAUUGGAGGUUUUAUUUUAUGUUGCAGGAAACAUAAGAUCAUAUAUGUUAUUGUUACAAACCAAGAGGUGUUUAAAUAACUGUUUCUGAUGUUCAGUAUUUUUGUAGUAAUACUUUGUUUUGACUUUUGAACUUUCUGAAAUGUGUAUAGCAGAGUUCUACAAGUCUUCAGGUCAACUUGUCAUUAAAUCAACAAGAUGUAAAUAGAACCCAGUAUUCUGAAACUACUUCUCUCUGGAUUAGAAUUUAAAAACUUACUUUAAUAUAAACAACAGAUAUAUAUUUAAUGAGUGUGAGAAAAGAAAAUGCUUGUAUUCCAACAGGAGGUGCUCAUUUAUAUUAACAGGUAGAUGGUGACAAAGCAAUGAAGUAAAAAUGAUGUGUGAAUGGAAUCUGGCUUGUGCUGGCCAGAUCCAAAGAGUCUCCAAUUAGUGAAUGCUGACUGUCAUCAUUUAUUAAAAUACAAUGGUCAUUUUUAAUACUGUUGUGCAUAGUACUUGGUAAUGUAGGGGUGCAUUAGCUGACACUCAUGUAAAAUGGACUUUUCCAUUUCUCACACACUUGCAGAAAUAGUACACCCAAGCUGGCAGCUAUACUGACUAGAAUGAAAGGUUUAAAAUAUGGAAAUGUGUGCCAGAAUAGGCACUAUAAAAUCGUUUUAUGAGAGCUCAGGAAGUGUAUGGUGGAUGGAAUUAUGUUACUCAAUUAUUAUAAUGAAUAUAAAAUAUAUAAAACUUAAAUCUGGAAGAGCUUCCCUUUUCUCCAUACAGUCUGCCCUAAUGACAAAUGAAGUGACCAGGAGACAAAAAGAAAAAAAAUGCUUGAAAAGUAUGCACCAUAAGAGUAUGUUUGGUGGACAGAUAUGUUUUCUUAAUUGAAUACAAAUCAUAUGGGUAUUCCUCUGUGUAACCAUGGCAGCACAGUCCAAUAACAUUUGAACCUCUGCAUUUUAGGUGUUUUAUUAUUUUACAACCCAAAUGUUGAGAGCAAAUCUAAAAAGGAGAUUUAGUGACACCACUCAAGACUUGUAUUGUUCUGUUGCAGUGCUUCACAAUUAUAAAAUGUGUUUCCUUUCUUUUUGUUCAGUCUUUCUCAAUAUUAUGAUCUGCUUGUAUGAUAUACAUUGAACUUUUGUUUCAUUACUUCCACUGUUUCCCGAUGUUAUUUUAAGCUACAUUAUGAAAAGGUGUAAAAUUGCAUAAAUUAUUCUUUCAUUUUGACAAAUAUGUAAGUUGUUACUCUUU